GAGACGGCGUCAUCAUCCCGGGUUAUCAAUAAAAAGGGCAUUUUUCUUGGUCUUUCGAGCUUUGUAUACGACCUCAACGAGGAGAAGAACCGGCGAUCGAACGCUCUAAGGAAGGUGAAUUGGGGUUUUGAUUGAUUGAUUUGGAUUGCGGUACUAAAUUCCUAAGAAAGGAGCAAACUUUUUUUUUUGGUGGAUUCUGGUUAAGAGAUUUGGCUAUGGGGGAUCACCUAGUGGUGCAUGUUGAUAGGCUGAUAACACCGCAGAGGAUUGAACCGGAGCAAGUCGCUGAGGGUUUGGGCUCUUCUGGGAAGGUUAUACAGAAUGUGGGUUCAUCUGCUCUUGCCUCUUCGCAGGUGGGUUCUAGCAGUCAUAAAGGUACAGAGGAAAAGAUUGUUAUUGAUGAUGGUGAUGAGAAGGAGCCGCUUAUUCAGACUGUGGAGUGCCGUAUUUGCCAAGAGGAGGAUGACAUCAAGAACUUGGAGACCCCCUGUGCUUGCAGUGGCAGUCUAAAGUAUGCCCAUAGGGUUUGUGUGCAGCGCUGGUGCACUGAGAAAGGAGAUAUAACUUGUGAAAUUUGUCAUGAGUCAUACAAGCCUGGUUACACUGCACCUCCUCGACCUCAGCCAGAUGAAACCACUAUUGAUAUCAAUGGAGGCUGGACCAUCACUGGUGCUCCUUUAGAUUUACAUGACCCACGGAUCCUUGCAAUGGCAGCUGCACAACGACACUUUCUUGAAGCUGAGUAUGAUGAGUAUGCUGCUACCAAUGCCAGCGGUGCUGCCUUCUGCCGUUCUGCUGUUCUAAUUUUGAUGGCUCUUCUGCUGUUGAGGCAUGCAUUGUCCAUCACUAAUGGGGAUGAAGACGAUGAUGCAUCCACCUACUUCUCUUUGUUCCUGCUUCGAGCUGCUGGAUUUCUUCUGCCAUGUUAUAUAAUGGCCUGGGCCAUUAGCAUCUUGCAGCAAAGAAGGCAAAGACAGGAAGCAGCAGCUUUGGCGGCAAGAGAGGUGGCAUACAUACUCCAGUCAGGUCAAGGAAGGGGCCUACAGUUUGCCAUAGCACCCGAGUCACCGGCAACACCCCAGCAGGAGCCUAAUCAACAAUAACUGCACGCCUUCUCUCCUGUACAUUUUUCAUAUGACAUACUCCGGUUUCGCCUCCUGUAAUUUCAUUGUAGUGUUGAGAUGUUAAGAAGAAGAAAACAGGCGUUGUCGUCUGGUCAUUUGCGCGCACUUGUAUUACUGUUGUUAUCUUGUUGAACAACCUGGAGAUUUGCUGGCUUCUCUGACAUUUAAAGGGGGCUUUAUACUUGUCUUCGUGUAUGGCUUCUCAUAGCCUAAUGCUGUUAUGUGCGUGUAUAAUAAUCUUCUUAUAUUAGUUGUGUUGUAUCUUUAAAAUAAUAAGAAAGAGGCAUGUUAUAUUCA